AUGAGCAGUAUGAGUAAACCCUCCUCUCAUUCUUCUGGAGAAGAAGAAGAGUUGGAGAAAUCAUCUCUUCCAAUCGAAUCAUCUUCUACUCCCAAAGACGGGGAUCUCCUCAACUCGGCUCCUGUCUUACCGCGACUUGAAAAUCAGAAUGGAUUUUCAGAAGGAUCUUCUGAAGAUCAUUCAUCUUCACCAUAUCUAGAAAAAGAAGAAAUCGUAGAUGAUAUUCCUUGGAAAUAUCGUUUAUUGGCUUUUAGCAUGAUCAUCUUUUUCGCUACUGGUUCUUCGUUCUUGGAUGGUAUAACAAGUCCUCUCAAAUCCACAUUUAAAAAAGAGUUGAACGUUUCAAACGCUCAAUAUGGUGCCAUCGCUUCUGCGUCGAGUCUGGUCAAUACCAUCUUACCUAUCAUAGGUGGUGUGGGAAUGGAUUAUUGGGGCGCUACUUACGCCGCUAUCAUUUCGAGUGUAUUCAUUCUCAUCGGAGCUAUUGUUGCAUCGAUAUCAGCAAAUGUAGACAGUUAUGGAUGUCUUAUCGGAGGAAUGAUCUUGAUGGGCUUCGGAUCUACUGUCAUCGAAUCAACUCAAUCUAAGUUGUACGCGCAUUGGUUCCGAGGCCGAUCAUUAGCAUUCGUAUUCGCUUUGGACAUAGCAUGGAAUCGAAUAACUUCAAUUUUUUCAAAAGCUUCAGCAGUGCCCAUGUCUGAAAUCAACGGAUGGUGGGGAUGGGCAUUAUGGAUUCCUACCAUCGUCUGUGUAGUCAAUCUGGGAAUGGUACUUUUCUAUUGGUGGUUCGAAAGAGCCGUUCCAGAGAAAUAUAGACCUGCUUUAGGAAAAGAUGCUAAACUAAAGGAAGGAUGGAGUAAGAGAAAAUUCCAAUGGGCAACCUUAUUCAGAUUGCCCAUGUUCUUCUGGGUCCUAUGUGGUUCUCAACUCUUUCAAAAUUCCGCUGUAAGCGUAUAUACGUCGAACUUGGCAGACAUCCAAACGUAUACAAGGGGAACAUCAAAAUUAGCAGCAGGUUACAACUCGUCUUUACAAGGAAUUGUACCGAUCAUCUUGACUCCUGCAACUGGUUGGUUCUUCGAUAGAUUCGGAUAUAGAAUGGUAUUUGUCUCAUGGACAGCUCUAUUAUAUAUCAUCGUCUUCUCACUUAUCGGCUUCACACAAGUUCAUCCUUUAUGCCCAAUCUUGAUUUCUUCUUUCGCACUUUCCACAAACGCUUUAACGUUUAUUUGUGCCAUUCCCGUAUUGGUUGGAGAUGAUAGAUUACUCGGUACCGCCUUUGGUGUCUGGAAAGCUUUCCAAAAUGGUAAUUCAGCUGUACUGGAAGUUGCAUCAGGUGCCAUUCAAGAUCGAACACCUAAUGGAUCAUACGAUAGAGUGCUUUACUUGAUAAUCGCAAUCAAGGCUGUGGAAGUUUGUCUUGGACCCAUAUACGAUUACUUGGACGGAAGAUGGUUGGGUCAUUCUUUGAGAAAGCCUGAACAGAAAAGACUUGCGAUCAGAAAAGAAGCUAUUGAUAAAGAAAUUGAUUAUCCAGGUUGGAGAAUCAAUAAGAAAGUUUCCAUUUUUGUUGGUGUUGAAUUGACUUGCUUGGUCAUCACUGCUUGGGUCGUAUAUAUCGUUUACUCUCUGGGCACAUAG